AUGCCGGUCACACGUGCAAAUACCGUCAGGGGGCAAGGACUGGUCGAAGAAGCUAUUCAACAGGUGGAUAGCCAGGGCUCUUCUACCGAGGUAGCAGACAAUCUCGCGUCAUGGUACCCACCUGGUCCUAAUGUCGAUCAGCUCAUUGCGGGCCAUCAAGCUCCUACCUGGAGCACCGUUACACCACUCGAGCUGGCCGACAGUCGGCGCUCCACUCAAGACUCACAGCACUAUGCUUCCCUGGCGAGACCUGCCUCUUCUCAAGCACUGCAGUUGGACAUCAUGAGGCAGCUGCAGCAAUCUUCACCCCAAUCGAAAGAGCGAGACUGGGAGGGUGCAAGCCGUCAACUGGGGAACUCGAACUUCUAUGCGCCAUCUCAGGACACGCACGCUACAAUGCAGCAAAUGAUCCAUAUGGCGAGGCAUCCAUUUGGAUUGGCCUCUAGCACUCAUAUGCAAGACCACAGUGAAGCAGGCGUCAAUCUCAAUGUCUCAUUCCCCGGGCAAAGCAACUCGCCCCAAGGUAGUGCUGCAAUGUACGCUCUCUGCUCUGAGCCGUCGCGAGGCUUGUACAUUUCGAGCUCAGAUUCUCCAUUCCAGCCGAUUGCUCAGAGUCAUGGUCAUAGUCGCCACGCUAGCUUCGAUCAUAUGACUGCCGCUCGUCAUCAGCAGGAGCAAUUGCUUCGUCUUCAGACAAUGACUCCAAUCCGCCGCAUAGACCAGCCUUACUUGACCAUGUCGGCACCUGGCCAUGAGAAGCGACUCAUCGGCCCAAGUUCAGCACCCCUCUCGACUGGACCCAGUUCUCGCAUGAGCAGCGAUAGGGCAGCCUUCCUCCGGACUCUUUCUUCAGGUCACCCUUUCAUGUCAAGCCCGCCUUCACCAGGUCAGAGCCUCGUCUCGCCAUCGACCACACCUUCUUCAGUCUUUCAAACCAGAGAUGCGGACUCUGCGCGGCACUCCCCCGUCACACCUGCAUCAUUUGGCGAUAUGACACGUUUCUUUGGGCCACCGUCGACAAUGGCAUCUAGCAGCAACUCAAUGUCACUAGAUGAAAGCUUCACAUCGUCUUCCGGCACGGAUCGCCUCAGCCGUGCUUCCUCUAUCGCUAAAGACUCAGAAGGCGGUGUGAAGCGAGUAGAGGUGCGACGUCUUCAGGGCAAGAAGCGAUUGACGGUUGGUGACCGCAAGCUGGUCUGUCUGCGACACCUAGAGAACCCUACCCAGAAGCAGGAACAACUGGCGAGAGAGUUCGGAGUGGAGCGCAGCACAGUGUCCAAGAUUCUGAAGGAGAAGGAAAAGUGGCUGUCCAUGCCAGAGGAUUCGCCUUUACAGCCCACUGCGGCCCGCAGUCGCCCGCCGAAGUGGCCUGUUCUUGAGCAGCAAUUGGGCGACUGGAUGUUCGAGGUGGAGAGUCAAGGAAGUACAGUGACUGACUCUACGAUCAGGGAGAAGGCACUGGAGAUGGCACAGACCCUCUAUGGAGAUAUAGGCAAUUUCAAAGGAUCACAAGGCUGGAUUGAAAAGUUCAAGGAAAGGGCAGCUCUAUCCAGGCAUGGGUCUGUAUCGUUGCAAGAGGACAGUGGGGUGUCCAAAACGACGCAGGGCAAAGUGGCGGGUGCUGCAGCAUCUAGUGCGCCCCCAAGGAGGCAUCGCAAGACAAGGACGACGGCGGCCGCCGCAAGGCACCAACACCACGUGCAAGGAGGCGCCGCGGAUCACCCAGCCUGCGGUGUGCACAGUGGGCCUGGUUCCAAUUCUCAGCCUAUCCCACCGCUCCCAGCGAAACGUCCACACAAUGCGAUAACCUCUCGUGCACAGCCGACUGGCCCCGCUGAGGAACUCAUGGGCGCUCUUAAGCACGAAGACUUCUUCCACCUCCCCGAGUCGCCCAUAGUCGAGCCUGCAAAGCGUCGUCGACGUCUCAACGGACCGGCCGCUCUCAGUGAGCGUGCACGAAUCAACAUCGUAGAGUCCGAACAGGAAAAUCGCAGCGGUCUCACUGGACAGAACGCGGGCCCCACCCUUAUCAAGCUUGAGCAACCCCCUGCUCCUCACUUUGAUGCGACUGCAUCGUCAACUUUUGCUCAGGCUCCAUCAGCAGCAAUUGUUCAGACUUCUUCGCGCCGUGUACUCCGUCCUCGCAACAAGGAUCCUUGUCAGCGAGUGACACGGGUGCCAUCUUCUGCUCCUGGGCCUCAGCACUCACAGAAGCAAGGAGCAGGCGCAUCUCUCUCCAUCGUGGAGGGCUACGCUCAAGGUUCAACAGGUGCAGUAGGCUCCGAGGUCCGGAAUGACGUGGAGCCCCAGACUCAGGCAGUCAGCACCUCAUCUAACACCGGCAGUAGCACCUUGCAGCAAGACAAAGAGAAUGUCCUCGCCACUGGCUCUAGAGCAGAGCGCACUGCAGGCGCCUGGUCCGACCUCCCGGACUCGAGUACGAACCAUGCAGAGCACCGCGUGCCAUUUCCCUCGGACCUGCCUGCCCCGUCUGCCACUCACGACAGCGGCAAAGACGAGGCCGCUCAGAGCCACCGUCGCAGCGCUGCUUCAGCGAGCAACAAUGCGAAGAAGCCCUGCGCGCAGAUGGGUCAGGCAUCAAGCAUCUCCCUCUUGCAAGCACGGAGCUCACUGGAAGUCGUGAUUCGCUACCUCUCCCAGACCAGUCAAGGUACAGAGCAGCACGAAAGCGAGACCGAGGUCGGUGCUGGACUUGAAGCUGAAUUUGGAGCUGGAGCUGGAGUUGGAGCCGGGGCGGGGAAGGAGUUUGGACCUGGGUGGGUACAUCACCGCCAUUUUCUCAGCAUGGGUAGUCUGCAGAGCACACUCGAGGGAUUGAUCGAUCGCGAGACUGGCAAGGAGAAGGAGGGGGCGGGACAAGACUGGAGGGGCGAAGAGGAGAUGUGA